CCAACCAUAAUGCAUGCAGUACGGUUAAUUUGUACACGAAGAGGCUAGCUACACUGUAUGAAAAAUAAAACACAUAAAUUGGUUGCUGCAACGUUUUUUCGAUGGCGACAGUAGAACCCAAACUCAUCCUUUUAUUUAGCGGGAAACGCAAAUCUGGAAAAGAUUACGUGACGGAUUUGAUUCACCAAAGACUAGGUCCAGAUGUAUGCUGUAUCUUGCGUCUCUCGGGUCCUCUUAAACAGCAAUACGCACAGGACCAUGGAUUGGACUUUGAGGAGCUGUUGGGAGCAGGUGAGUACAAGGAGAAGUACCGUGCUGACAUGAUCCAGUGGGGUGAGAAGCAGAGGGAGAAGGACCCAGGGUUCUUCUGUCGUGUGGCCAUCAAGGAGGCCCAGCAGCCUAUCUGGAUUGUGAGUGAUACGCGGCGUCUGUCAGACCUGCAGUGGUUCUGGAGGGAGUAUCCUAGUCAGUCUCGCUGUGUUCGGGUGGAGGCCUCAGAAGAGACACGGAGGGAGAGGGGCUGGGAGUUCACAACAGGAAUAGAUGAUGCAGAGUCUGAAUGUGGGCUCGACCAAGGAGUGGAUUUUGAUUGGAUAAUCAAAAAUGAGGGCGAUGGAUCCCAACUGGAGGAGCAGCUUGCUACUGGGUUGCUCUCAAUAGCCAAAGAAAAGGUGAAAGAAGACUGAAUUAGAGGGGCCAUUACACAGCUGUAGGAACUUGCUGAAGGCUCUUAUUGUUGGAAAGUGUAGUUGGGUAUACAUUACACUAUUUUCUGUGAAAAUCCUAGAACAUCUUUGUCACACUGAGGAGCAGCAGAAAGUGGGAAUAUGUAGUAUUUAUUUCUCUACAGUGUUCUGUACUAUCAACUAAGUAGCAGGGCAAGAAUACUAAAAUCUGAUCAAAAACCCAAACAUGAACGGUGUGUAUAUUAGCACUGACCGAUAUGAAUUUACAUGGAUCACACACACAACUGCCAAAAUUAAACACUUGAGAAAAUAAAGGAUACAAAGUAUAUUGAAAGCUGGUGCUUCCACACGGGUGUGGUUUGAGUUAAUUAAGCAAUUAAAACAUCCCAUCAUGCUUAGGGUGAUGUAUAAAAAUGCCCAGUAGCUCAUUAUUUUGGCUACCAUGGCUCGAAGAGAUGUGACUCUCACAUUCAUCCAAUAAAGUUCAACUUUAACAGCUGCCAAGGUGCAUUAACUUUUCUGGUGCCCUUCUGAUGUACUUGAGUUUCCUUUAUUUUGGUGUUUACCUGUACUUAGUGAUGUCCUCCAUGCAGGAGGCAAAUGUCAUCAAGACCAAAUGUGCAGAUGACUUGUACUUGUAUAAGUGUCAUUGUGCCAUUUCUUUUGAAAAUGUCUUAGAUUGUAAAAUAGGCUACUAGAAAAUAAGUUUAAAUAGCUAGAAGAUUACCUGGAAACCUGGAAGGUGCACAUAUGUUGAGCCAUGGUAAAAUUAGCACAAUACUGCAUUACACACCCAUUCAACAGGAUUAAAUGUACUAGACACAGACAUGAUCAAUGUUCUAAUAGCAGGGUUAGUGUUAGUUCGUAAAACAUUUUAAAGUAGACGCGAGGGAAUCAAUGGUUUGAAUCACAUUUUGAAAGAACAACUCCAUAGCACUCAAUUUCUAAAUUAAGAGUUUAUUGGAGUCGUCAAACUGAAGAAAAUAAAUGGGGGGAAAAUAUUUUGGAAUGUCAAUACAAAUCGUGGUUCUUUAUUUUAUUUUUUAAAUGGUGUCCAUUUGUGUGUCAUUACUACAAUGAAAACAUUACUGGUAACACAAUGUUUACACCCUUGGCGUCGAGUGAAAAUUUCCAGUUAAACUUGAUGCAAUAUUUUACUUUUUAUUUCUUUAAAUUUUACAAGGUUUGCAGUUCACUUCAUUUGCAGAAAAAAAAAGUUUAGCCUAUGCUGAUAAGUUUAGAUAAUACCCUUGUGUCCCUUCUCCCUAUUCAUUGGCCCCUAUGCUUCCAUUUUGGCAGUGGAAUGCGUAGUGAUUAGCUGAUCACUCCCCUCCCCCACAUCUUAUCGGGAAAAAUAACAAUUAGUUUAGAGGACUACGGCUGCAAUUGGCUAGAAUAUCUGCAUUCAAUUCUGUCUGAAGCUAUACGACAUUUAUCCCUUCAAUGACCUACAACCCAUUCACAAUUACAUUUCCUGAUCUUGAAGGGGGAAGUUAACUGGGGGGCAUUCAGUUUACAGUAACUUGUGACAUUGGCCCUUUGGAAAAUGACUCCAGAUAAAAACAAAAAUACAAAUGUCAUGCAACAAAACACUUCUCCCUUAUAAGAAAUAAACAUGUCACUUCCCAGCCCUUACUUGUAAAUUAACACAAAAUACUUGACAAAAGGUAGCAUAGUUGUGGACCCUCUGGGCAUUGGCACAGUAGAAAAGCAGUGCUUGUGUAAGGAUGUUCCAGCAGAAGGUGAGUGGUUAGAGGGGGACAAGAGUUUGAGGCGAGAUGUUGGUAGGGCAAGUGGUUCAGAUGGGGAUAACAGAGGGAGAGUUGAUGAUCAAAAUGGUGGUCCCAUUCCAAAAGGGAGACAUGAUUAGGUAAGAGUUAUUACCCUCACCACCUUCAUAUGUGUCCCAGUGGACACCAAAUAUCCCCGUAACAAGGGUUAUCAGAAAGAGAGAAAAGCCUCAAUGUAUUUAAAACGCUUACGGCUAAAACAGCUAGCAGCCAAAGAAAGAUCAUAGGGAUGGCCUCAAAACACAAAUCACACACCUAAGCUGGAAUGUGAAUAUUAGAAACCUGUGAGACACUUAAGAUGUGGGUGCUUGAGUAAAUGUUGCCCUUUUAAGACUAAAAGAAAGCUAUGAAGAGGCUAUAAAAGGGAGGGGAGGUGCUCAUCCGGAGAGCAUCCUCAGAUACUGGGGUGGAAUGUGGGAGGGGCGGUCAGCCAUUUUGGUCUACUGGGGAGAAACAUUUGGCUAGGUGUGGACUGAAGAAAGUGCUACCUUCACCAAAAACAAUGAACAUCCCCCCCACGCUAAACAGUCAGCCAGCACAGACAGAGAGACAGGGCCAGAGGUGAGGGGGUGGAGCAGUAAGAGUUGGUGGAAGGGCCAGUAGCCACUCAGAAGCUGUUGAGGUCUUCCAGGGUCUUGUCCAGGGUGGCGUGGAUGUUGACAUUCUCCUCCUUGGCGUUGGCUAGCGCAUCUGUAAAUCACACAAAGAAAGAAUGAAUGUAAGAUAAGGGUCCUCCUGGUGGUGAGAUGAGGAUGUAGGAGACAAGACAUUGAGAUGUUAAAGUGGUGUUUGAGUUUACUAAGAGGUCUACUACACUAUAGUGGAGCAACGCCAAGGGCUAAACCAUGUCAAUCCACAUGACAAAACCUCCUGAUAGUGUCAAAUCAAUACAUGACUACUUUGAAAACAAUAAAUCACAUGCAUUUAAAAAACUCAAGGAAUGAGUCAGCUAUAGCUGACAGAAGUAGUAAGACAUCCAUUUCUACAACUCCAAAAGAUGGUAUAGCACCCUGGUCAGAUGUUGAAGUUGGAGAUCCCCCUUAAUACCAGGGGUCAACAAAUAUCAGAAAGCACUUCCUGGUAAUUCUAGCAGUACCUCAAAAGGGGAACUUACACCAAACCAUAACAUUUGAAAACAACUUCUCUAUAUAGUGACAGAACCAAAUAUGUAAGCCUUAAUCUGUAAAACAAAACCCGGGGUGACUAAGGUAAAUUCUAUGACAUAGCUUCAUAAUUCACAAGGUCUCCAUAGAGCAAAGAGAGCCGUGUUGUAUGCUAUACAUUAUGGAGGUUUGGUAUCACCAGAGAAUAAUUCCCUAUUUAACUACAGUAUAAGUCACCUUGAAAACGAACACAGCCCGAGCUACUGCAUGGCCUUAUUUAGCUCUGACAGAGAGAGAGAUCAUGGCAGAAAACAAGAUCUACUCACAUUAACGUUAGAACAUUUCAUUAAAAAGGUCUGACCUGUCAGCUACAUUUACAAUUUAGGCCUUUAGCAGACACCUUUAUCCAGAGCGACCUACAUUCAACUUCAAAAUCAAAGUAUUUACUUCAGCACAUUUCAGGACUUGGAAUGCAACGCAAUGUGCUUUACAGAAGAAAUAUAUAUAUAAAAGCUGAAAUAUUUACUACAUAAAAAAUUUAAAAUUAAAAGACAAACUCAACUAAAAAGCAACCUAAAGGAAAAGCUAAAAUAGUGUUAAAGAUGUGAGGGAAAAAUAUAUUCACCUUAUUUGUUGGCUAUGUAACAAUUGUUUACUUAACGAUCAGUAAGAUAUGUCCUGCUAAUGCUCUAGCACCCUGUAGCUAGUCUGGGUGUUGAGGACAUGGGUUCUACUAGAGAUAGCUUGAAGCUGACAAUUAACUUGGUGAUAACCUAAAAGCUAGCAUUCUAUAGACAAGAUGUGGUGUGUGUGACAAGAGAGAGUGCGAGAGAGAGAGAGAGAGAGAGAGAGAGAGAACGAGAGCCUGGAAGUUAACAAUGCCUCAGUUGCCAGGAAGAUGUGACAAAGUAAAAUACCAUCCUGUGUAGAUAACCAAGGUGGCUUAUGGGAAGGUUAGAAGUGACUGACUAAGCAAUCUUGGUAUCAGCUAUAUAAAAAACUGCAACGUCUGUAAAGGCUAGACUCUCAGCCUUUACAGUCAGUCAAGACUGGUGGGCUGACGGUCUCACUGCAAUAAUUAAAUAAAAGAUGAUUGUUUGACGACAUGA